CAAAGCCAGGAAUGUGUCCAAGAAACAAUGUUAAAGAACCAGUGUUUGGAGUGUGUGCUGAAUUGUGUUCCCGUGACAGCGACUGUCCGAAUGAUCAGAAAUGCUGCAGCAAUGGAUGUGGACAUCAGUGUAUGCCUCCAUAUAAAGAAAAGCCAGGAGUGUGUCCAAGGAACAACGUAAUAGGAAUUUGUAUUGUGAGGGAGAAUAACUGUUUCAAUGACGGUGAAUGUCCGAAUGAUCAGAAAUGCUGCAGUUAUGGAUGUGGAAGUCAGUGUAUGGAUCCAUAUAGAGUAAAGCCUGGUCCAUGACUCAAACCAGAUAUGUGCUGAUAACUCUUCCCGUGAUGAUCAUAUCCUGCCACACAGAAGUGUUGCCCAACCACCUGUGGACAUGCAUACAU